UCAGGCCAACAUUACGAUCAAACAUUUUCAAGCAUUUAUUUAAAGAUGAAUGUGUUUAGAGGACAAUUCCUACUUUGUCUCUCAUUGUUAUGCAUUAAACUAUGUACGGCGAAUGGAAAUGAGAGAAACGCUGUAGCAUUGUCAGUACAUGCUAAAGAGGGCACUAGGAAAAACGAGGUGGAAAAGGAACAAAAUACGUUGGGUGACAGUGACCAGUCAUCAGUAAAGGACACACUAGAAAAUGGACACACAGAGAGCAGGUUCAAUUACACAGAGGAUGCAAACAAUGACUCCAUCCCUACAACUAGCCCUGUCACAAAGGCUACGACCCCAGCACCUCCAACGGUUAAGCCUAUUCUGCCGGUUCAGACAGGGGUCAAGGCGCAGGAGGAAGAGCAGUCCAGUGGGAUGACUAUCUUCUUCAGUCUGCUAGUAAUUGGUAUCUGCAUUAUUUUGGUUCAUCUUCUGAUUAAAUUCAAGCUGCACUUCCUUCCUGAGAGCGUAGCGGUUGUGUCAUUGGGUAUUCUCAUGGGGGCAUUCAUAAAAAUCAUAGAGUUUCAGGAGUUGGCCAAUUGGAAGGAAGAAGAAAUGUUCCGACCAAACAUGUUCUUUCUACUCCUCUUACCGCCAAUCAUAUUUGAGUCUGGAUACUCACUGCACAAGGGUAAUUUCUUCCAGAACAUAGGAUCCAUCACCCUGUUUGCAGUCUUUGGGACAGCCAUCUCUGCCUUUAUCGUGGGAGGAGGAAUCUACUUUCUUGGCCAGGCGGACCUGAUCUAUAAGAUGACUAUGACUGACAGUUUUGCAUUUGGUUCAUUGAUCUCUGCAGUGGACCCCGUUGCCACCAUCGCCAUUUUUAACGCUCUUAACGUGGACCCAGUGCUCAACAUGUUGGUUUUCGGGGAGAGCAUUCUAAACGAUGCCGUCUCCAUUGUGUUAACUAAUACUGCAGAAGGCUUCACUGGCUCUGACGUUUCCACGGUAACUGGCUGGGAGACCUUCCUGCAAGCACUUGGUUAUUUCCUCAAGAUGUUCUUUGGCUCAGCAGCUCUGGGCACUCUCACCGGACUCAUCUCUGCAGUUUGUCUGAAACAUUUUGACCUUAGGAAGACCCCUUCUCUCGAGUUUGGCAUGAUGAUCAUUUUUGCCUACCUCCCCUAUGGGCUAGCCGAGGGCAUCAAACUGUCUGGGAUCAUGGCCAUCCUUUUCUCAGGGAUUGUAAUGUCUCACUAUACUCACCACAACCUGUCGCCUGUCACUCAGAUCCUCAUGCAGCAGACCCUGCGGACUGUGGCCUUUAUGUGUGAAACGUGUGUGUUUGCUUUUCUGGGUCUCUCCAUAUUCAGCUUCCCGCACAAGUUUGAACUGUCUUUCGUUAUCUGGUGCAUAGUUCUGGUACUUGUUGGACGCGCUGUGAACAUCUUUCCUCUCUCCUUCCUCCUCAAUUUUUUCCGAGAUCACAAGAUCACUCCCAAAAUGAUGUUCAUCAUGUGGUUUAGUGGUCUGAGAGGAGCCAUCCCAUAUGCCCUGAGCCUGCAUUUGGGCCUGGAGCCCAUUGAGAAACGACAGCUGAUUGGCACCACAACCAUUGUCAUCGUGCUUUUCACCAUCCUGGUGCUGGGGGGUGGGACCAUGCCACUCAUUCGCAUCAUGGACAUUGAAGAAAGCCAAUCAAGACGCAAGAACAAGAAGGACGUGAACUUGAGCAAGACAGAGAAAAUGGGUAACACCAUAGAGUCGGAGCACCUGUCAGAGCUGACGGAGGAUGAGUAUGAGGCUCAGAUCUCUCAAAGACAGGACCUGAAAGGAUUCAUGUGGCUGGAUGCCAAGUACUUGAAUCCGUUCUUCACCCGCAGGCUAACACAGGAGGACCUGCUGCAUGGGCGGAUCCAGAUGAAGACCCUGACCAACAAAUGGUAUGAAGAGGUACGGCAGGGGCCCUCUGGAUCCGAAGAUGACGAUGAGGAAGCAGAACUGCUGUGAAAGGGGAAAGGUCUCUUCCGAGAGGCACUACUCUCAAAAAAAAAUGCCAAAUUCCCAACUAAGGGACCAAGGUGGACUAUACCACCACUCAGCACAGCCUUUUCUUGCCAACGUUGUGCUCCUCCGUUGGAACGUACCACUGUACAUGAGCCAAAAGGGGGGGAGGGGCAAAAAUGAGUACAGUUGUACAGUAUGAUAGUCCAACAUCAGUUUCAGUGAUGCUGGUGAGAAGAGGUGAACUGAAUGCAACAAGAGAGGAGGGAUGAGAAGGACUAAGGGAAAGGAAUGAAUAAAUGAACUCCUUUAAGGAAAGACUUCUUUAAAAGAAAAAAAGCAAUAGCUGAGCACUUUUUUCUGUGUCCUGGGCCUUUGUAAGGUGUCUCACAUGUUUCCUUUUUUUUUCAGUCAGCAAGGAAACAGCACAUAUGAAUGUUCUGGUGAUGGGCACUGAGUUUAUUUGUGUAUUUUUCUUUUUUCUUCUCUCUUAUUUAUUGGAUGACUUAAUUUAAUGGGUGGGAAGGAGAGUCAGGGGUUUUUAUAAUGUAUGUUUCCACUGGGCGCUGUAAAUUAGUAGGGUUGAGUAAUGCGAAAUAUGCUAAUUUUAAUUAAAUCGUGAUUCAGUGACUGUUUCCUGGGAAAGUGCAGUAAGAAUUUUCAUGUUGAAUGGUAACCAGAGAUGGAGGAGGAACAUGGAGGAA